AUGACGUUGCAACGCCUCCAGCCCGCCCUGAGAGGCGGCGCAUUCUCCUCCCUCCGGACCGCAGCCCGCCAGACCCGUCAGUUCUCGUGCAGGACAGCAUUGAGGCAAGAGAUCCGCGACGCCUACAUUUUGGGCGCCGCGCGGACGCCCACCGCCAAGUUCAACGGCUCCUUCACCUCGGUAUCGGCGCCCAAGCUCGGCGCCGUCGCCAUCAAGUCGGCGCUCGAGAAGUCCAAGGUGCCCGUGUCCGAGAUCACCGACGUCUACAUGGGCAACGUGCUGCAGGGCUCCAUCGGCCAGGCGCCGGCCCGCCAGGCCGCCAUCUUCGCGGGCCUGCCCACGACCGUCGAGGCGACGACCAUCAACAAGGUCUGCGCGUCGGGCCUCAAGGCCGUCGCCCUCGCCGCGCAGAACGUCCAGCUCGGGCUCGCCGAGGCCCAGAUCGCGGGCGGCAUGGAGAACAUGUCCCAGGUGCCCUACUACGUGCCCCGCGCCAGCGGCAUGCCCGCCUUCGGCCACGUCAGGAUGGAGGACGGGCUCAUCAAGGACGGCCUGACCGACGUCUACGACCAGUUCCACAUGGGCAACUGCGCCGAGAACACGGCCAAGACGCAGCAGCUCACGCGCGAGAUGCAGGACGAGUACGCCAUCCGCUCCUACCGCCGCGCCCAGGCCGCCUGGGAGGAAGGAAAGUUCGCCGAGGAGAUCGCGCCCGUCACCGUCAAGACGCGCAAGGGCGAGACCGUCGUCGACACCGACGAGGGCUACCUCGACGUCAAGUUCGACAAGGUGCCCACCCUCAAGCCGGCCUUUGUGCGCGACGGCACCGGCACCGUGACCGCCGCCAACUCGUCCACCCUCAACGACGGCGCCAGCGCCCUCGUCAUCGGCAGCAAGGCGAUCGCGCAGAAGUACGGCGCCGGCUCCCGCGUCCUGGCGCGCAUCUGCGGCUCCGCCGACGCCGCCGUCGAGCCCAUCGACUUCCCCAUCGCGCCCGCCAAGGCCGUGCCCAUCGCCCUCGAGCGCGCCGGCAUCACAAAGGACCAGGUCGCCAUCUGGGAGUUCAACGAGGCGUUCGCCGCCGUCAUCAAGGCCAACGAGAAGAUUCUUGGCCUGGAGGACGCCAACGUCAACCCUCUGGGUGGUGCCAUCUCCCUCGGCCACGCACUGGGCAGCUCCGGCUCGCGUAUCUUGGUCACCCUCCUGCACAACUUGAAGCCUGGCGAGUAUGGCGUGGCUGCUAUCUGCAAUGGCGGUGGCGCUGCUUCGGCCAUGGUCGUUCAGAGGAUUGAGUCGGUAUAG